UGUAAAUUGAUUUCAUUUUUGGCUCGGCGUCUUUAAGUCUUCGUUUCUUUUUCUUUGUAAUUAGCCUGCGGGUUUAAACCUUUCUUGAUUUAUAGUUAUUGUUGUGUGCCGAAAACAAUAGAGCCGGGCCAAAUGGAUGAUAAUACGGAGAAUAACGAUGGAAAACGCGUCACGCGGGCACGCACUCGCCGCUUGUCCGUGCUGGAAACGGACAGUCGACCGAGUACUCCUCAAUUGGAUACGGCGGCAGAACGAGGAACCGCCUCGCCACGUGCCACACGCCGCACUCGCUUGAACUCGUCCACUUUGGAUGUGAGGACUCCGACGCGCACCAGACGCGCCUCCUUGGCACGCGGCGAGACUCCCGAGCCGAUCACGCCCUCUUCAGUGAAGAGGACCGCUCGCACGCCGGCCAAAAAUACCAGAUCCGUGCGACAACAGCUCACGCUCACGGAAGAGUCCGAGGAGAUGGAAAUUAAGCUGGAAAAGCCCAGUCCCACUUCUAGUCCGGUACUCAGUCAGGCCAACGCCAAGCUGGAGCGGAAGCCAAGUGCUAGUCCCGUGCCCAAGGAGCCCAGACGCACAGCCACGCCCACACUGAGUGACGAGAAGCGGGUGACGCGCUCCAUGUCGCAAACCCCCCCAAUUGCGACUCGAUCGCCCAGCAAUACUUCACGUGAUCUAAACACAUCCCUGGAAGACUUGGCAAAGGCCAAGGGAGAAAAGACCAUAAACAAAAACACUCCAAAGGUGUCGGUCAGGCUGGAGAAAAUGUCGAUGGCCAAAGUCUCGGGAACAAAGGCAGAGGUAUCCAAGCAAUUGGUUUUACCGGACGAAGUCAAGGAAAAGGCACCUCCCCAGGAAUCUGCUGGGAAAACAAAUAAAGCUGAAACGCUUUCUUCUGAGGAAUCUAAAAUAACCGAACUUAAUCAGGAUUCCUUGAAAGAUACUGCUAAACUUCCAUUCUUAAAAACAUUUAACACACUUGCACAAAUCCAGGCUUCGAGCAAAUCUUUAAAGAUAGAAGAAAAACGGGAGAUCCCACAAUUUGAAAAGAAAAACGAAACUCCGCAGAAGGUGCCACCUGUUGAGGAUCCUAAAAUUGAAAAGAAAAUCAAAACCCCACAGAAGGUUCUUCCUGUUGAGGCAGCUCCGAAAAUUGAAACCCCGCAGAAGGUUCUUCCUGUUGAGGCAGCUCCGAAAAUUGAAAAUCCUCAGAAAAUUCAACCAGUUGAGGCAGCUCCUAGUAUUGAACAGAAAAUCGAAACUCCGCAGAAGGUUCCUCUUGUUGAGGCUCAACUUGUUGAAGUGCAAGAAACUGCAGAUAAAGACGAAUCCAUGGAGGAGCAAGAGUUUUUGGAUGCAGAAGAAUCGCAUGUCGAGGCUGAAGUGCAGGUCGAUGCACCAGUCCUGGAAGAAGAACAAUAUGAGAUUAUAGAUUUAGACAUGGAUGAGCCCAUAUUUUCUCCGGAAGCCUUAAAAGCUGAAGAAAACAUUACAGGCAGUGAAGGAACUCCGCAAAAUAAAACAAUGGAAGAAGAAGAAAAUAAGUGCAAAGUCGAGAUAACCGAUGUUCUGAGUCUACCAAAUCUAACUCCCGGUAUAAAAUCUCGUAUUUUGGCUCCCCUUUCUCAGGAACAAAAGAAAUCUGUAGGCUUUAACAACGCCUCUGAUGAUUUAGAAGCCGAAAAAACACGGUUUCCAAAAACUCCCGGCCGCGAAAAGGUGCCAGUUUGCCGAACAUUCACCCCAAAGGCGGAGACUCCAGUAAAAAUAGCCCUGCAAAAGGGGCGAAAUAGUUCCACUCCCAUAUUGAAGGAUCAACCGCUCGAGCUGUCCAUCGGCAAGGUGGAAUUGCAGCCAGCGCCUCCCCAAAUUGAUGCCAUCAAGUCUUUCGAUGAGGUGGAAACGAAAAAUGCUAGGGAUGAUAUAGUCCAGCCAGCCGACAUUUCACCCCUUAAGCCUGAGAACAAAAUACUUGCUCGCCUAGAAAGCUCAGACGAAGUGGAUGAAAGAGAAGGCGAAGAGGAAAACGAAGAAGACGAACCCAUGUCCGAGUUUGUGGACCUCGAAGCUGAAGUGGCUGGGGAAGAUUACGAGUCUGGAGACUCGAUGGACAGUUCGAUGAGACGAGAGAUGGAAGAAAACGAAAUUCCGAAUGAUGGAGAGUCCGUUGGAAGUAAGGACACCGAGGAGUCAACACCAGAAGAAUCUGAAGGCGAUGACUCCUUUAUAGUCUCAGACAACGAAAUCGAAGAGGAGGAAGUGGGCCAACUCUGCUACUCCUCCGAUGAGGACGAUUCUCCUGAAAAAAUCACAGAGAAGACCAGAAAAAAGCGUCGCCGCAUUAUGAUGGCUAGUUCAAGUGAGGAAGAGGAGCCCGAAGUACAGGACAAGGAGUUAAACCAGAGCAAAGCGGAGAAGCCCAAAAACCAGAGCAACUGCUCCUCCAACGCCAGCAAACUGAGCGAGGCUGCCCAAAUGAUGAACGCCAGCGAAGAGAAGUCCUCGACCUCGGAAGCCGAGCUGGAGAGAUCCCGCCAAGUCGUUCUCAAUGAAUUGAACAAGUCUGAAAGAUUCAACAAGACAGAAACUCGUCUGGACUUGAGCGUCAUGGAGGUCGAUUCUUCGGAUCACGACGAAGUGGUGGAGCCGCAAAAGGUUAGCGCCAAGGGCAACAGAAGUGUCUAUGAGAUCAUGGAUUCCGAUGAAGUGGAGGAACUCGAGGAAGCUGAUAAGAAAGAGGAAUCCGAUGCAGAUGAGAAAGCUAAAAACGAAGACGCUUCACCUGUUACAAAAUUCACAUCGUUACAAACCCAAAAAUCGUCAAAAUCUGCCGAUGAAGAGGCUUUGUUCGCCGAGUUGGCCUCUAGUGAUCUGCGCCACUUGGAACCAAUGUUCAAUCCGCUCCAAAAGUCUCGUCGCCAGUCUUUGUAUGUAGCAAGUCCCGAGUUGGCAGCCAAGGAGCCGAAACUGAGACGCCGCAGUGAUCGUGGCAAUGUUGGCAGUGACUUCUGCCCCUCGCAAUCAUUUGUCGAAAUGGUUGGAAAAAAAAGGCAGAAGAAUAAGCGCAAGCGCUUGUCAAAAAGCUUAUCGGGCGCUCCCGAUGAUCUGGAGGAUAUGGAAAUCCAGAACGAGUGCAAGCGCAUAAAAAGUUCACGCGAUGAUUCCACCGUAUCAUUGGAGGAGGAUCCCGAGACAGAGGCUGUCGCCCAAGAAGAGCCUUCCGAGGGUGAAAUCUCGGAUGCAGAAGUCCCCAAUAUAGACGGUAGUAAAUCUUCACCCCCACAAACUAUAGUGAAGGAUUCUCAAGAAAAAACAGAUACUGAGGAAUUGCCCGAAACAGCAGUCGACUCUGUGGAACCUUCACCAGAGGAUCAAAAACCGUCCCAAGCACAGCAGCCGCCCGAGGAAUGUCCAAAGUCAGUUAAAACUACUAAACCCAUCGAGAAGGCGCCGCCCAAAAAUGAAAAGGAUGUCGAGUAUUACUUAGCAUAUUGUCACAACCUCCUCGAGGCAGCCAACGAGGCUAAGUUAAAGGAGAAGAAACAGCACCUUGCCACGGGAACAAAGCAAAAAAAACCAAAGCGACAGGCUCAGCAAGCAGCUCCCAAAGCCUCAGCAACCACUAGCUCUGACAUAGAAGCAGCGGGAACGAGAACCUCCAAGCAGCCACCGCCGCUCAAAAAGGAUAUCAAGCGCCUGCAGGCUACACGGCAGGCUGUGGGUCAUGCUGUUAAUCUGCUGGCGCCUCCAAAAGCCACAGAUGGAGAGCCUCGUGCGCUCUCGCGUAAAUUGUCGCCACAGCCGCCAGUGGCGGACAAAAAGGCCGCCAAGCAAAAGAAGCACCAGAAAAAGCAAAAGCCACAGGAAAUAUCGCCGGUAAAGAGUUCCGAUGAGGAGAACCACGGCCACCAAGUGAAUCGUAUUCGGACGAAUGCUGGCUAUGUGACGGUGGUUACCGAGCCGCUUCAAAAAAUACCCAAAAUAGAGCUAAUUAAGACCAGUUCGGGUAUGAUGCGCGUGGAGCCGUGCACUCCCAAGCAGAAGUACUUCCGCGAGCUGCCUGCCACACCAAAAAUGCAUGGAUUCCGCGAGGAGCCAGGACCGUCCGGGAUAUCGAGGAAGCGAUCAAAGCACCAGGCAUCUAAGGUCGAAAACAAUCCUGCCAAACAGUCGGCGCUGCGUUUCAAGGAGCAGAUUUUUGCGCGAAAGUCUUAGGAUAACUAUGUUAAAAGACUAGUAUUAUCGGUUGGAAAUGUCAAGUGCACACAAUCCAUACUUCAAUUUUUGUUUCUUUAGUUUACCUCUUGCCAAAUUGAAUUUGAGUAUUCUAUUAUUUGUUCUUUUAAAUAUUUGUUAUGGAAUUUCCCCCACACCUUGUCAAUAAUGAAACUUUUUCCACAUCGCUUAUUCACAUUUACAUCAGAAAUAAAUUUUUUUGUUGAAUAUUAAA